CUCUGUGUCAAUAGAGGCUAGGCCUUAUAAAGGGCCAAGAGGCCUCCCGUGGGACAUUUCCUCGGCCACGCCAGCCCCCAGGAGGAAGGAGGGUCCACAUCCAGCACCAUGACAGAACUGGAGACAGCCAUGGGCAUGAUUAUCGACGUCUUCGCCCGGUACUCGGGUGCCGAGGGCAACAAGCAGAGCCUGACCAAGGCGGAGCUGAAGACGCUCAUGGAGAAGGAGCUCCCGGGCUUCCUGCAGAGUGGGAAGGACAAGGACGCCGUGGACAGACUGCUCAAGGACCUGGACGCCAACGGAGACGCGGAGGUGGACUUCAGCGAGUUCAUCGUGUUUGUGGCUGCACUCACGUCUACCUGCCACAUGUACUUCCAGCAGGUGGGACCCAAAUGAGGCCCCGCAGACCCAGCUUCCUGAAGGGGGCACGGCAGGGUCAGCGAGCGGGCCCCUGGCUCCCUAGCCCUUGUCGGCAAGCGUUCCCGUGGGCUGAGCCUGCUGAUGGCCCUCUGCUUAAUAAAAUGCUCGUGAAA